AUGGCUCUUUCUAUCUUCUUCACACUCACUCUCUCCCUCCUCUCACACGUUAACGCGAAAGAAGUCGUCAUCGCCGAAAACGGUUACACCUUCACCACCGUAUUCGACGGUCACAAGCCUCAUAUAUUCCCUUACAUCGUCCUCCAACGACCCUCUUCUUCCGAUCUCAUCCUUCUCGAUUCUGUCAACAGCACUUUCUACACCGCCCAACUCCCCAUUUCCCAAGAAAUUGUUUUCACGAGGCUUUCAGGAGAUGGGUCUGUGGGGUAUUCGGAUGGGGACGUGGCUUUAGCUCGGUUUGCUAAACCCAGAAGCUUUGCAUUUGAUUUUAGAGGGAAUGUGUAUGUUGCUGACAAGUCCAACCGUGCAAUAAGGAAAAUUAGUGCCAAGGGUGUGACCACAAUUGCUGGAGGAGGGUUCCCAGAAAAGUCAAGCAUAAAGGAUGGCCCUGCACUUAAUGCAUCAUUUUCAAAUGAUUUUGACCUGACCUUCAUUCCUGGGCUGUGUGCUUUGCUGGUGUCCGAUCACAUGCAUCAAUUGAUACGCCAGAUUAAUUUGAAGGAGGAGGAUUGCACCCUUGGUUCUAGAUCUGGGCUAGGUGCAGUUAUGGCUUGGACUCUUGGAUUAGGACUUUCAUGUUUACUUGGCUUAGUAAUUGGGUUUGCAGUACGCCCUUACAUCACCUCUAAUACAGAAAGGCCCCAAUCCCUGCCAUUGCAGAGAGACAUGGAAGCAUUGCCUAACCAGUCUGGGGAAGCCAGCUCCGAUGCUCUUCUACGGCGCCAAAAGCGCAAUUGCUAG